AUGUUCCUGACGAGAUCGGAAUAUGACAGAGGUGUCAACACAUUCUCCCCUGAAGGAAGGUUAUUCCAAGUCGAAUAUGCUAUUGAGGCUAUAAAACUUGGCUCCACAGCCAUUGGUAUCCAGACAUCAGAGGGGGUGUGUUUGGCUGUGGAGAAGAGGAUCACCUCGCCGCUUAUGGAGCCCAACAGCAUUGAGAAGAUCGUGGAGAUCGACAGUCACAUUGGUUGUGCGAUGAGCGGCUUAAUAGCCGACGCCAAGACCCUAAUCGACAAAGCCCGGGUGGAAACACAAAAUCACUGGUUCACGUACGAUGAGACCAUGACGGUAGAGAGCGUGACCCAGGCCGUGUCCAACUUGGCGCUGCAGUUCGGAGAGGAGGACGCCGACCCCGGUGCGAUGAGUCGACCAUUUGGCGUGGCACUUCUCUUUGGAGGCGUGGAUGAAAAAGGACCCCAACUGUAUCACAUGGACCCCUCAGGAACCUUCGUGCAGUGUGACGCUCGAGCGAUCGGCUCGGCAUCUGAGGGUGCGCAGAGUUCCCUGCAAGAAGUUUACCACAAGUCCAUGACGCUUAAAGAUGCCAUCAAAUCAUCUCUCACCAUUCUGAAGCAGGUGAUGGAGGAAAAGCUCAACGCCACCAACAUUGAGCUGGCAACUGUGGAGCCAGGGAAGACCUUCCACAUGUACUCCAAAGAAGAGCUGGAGGACGUGAUCAAGGAUAUUUAG